AUGCGAAACGAUUUUCGUUGGCUAAACAUUCUCCCACCACAUUAUCUAACAGACUAUUCAUUCGCAUUCAUUCAUCUAAAAAGCUCGAGCCUUCCCAACCGUAACACGAUCACAUACCGACUUUUCUCUCGUAAAAUACCAAACCUGUGCGCAGGAGGGCAGCAGCGCACAGCUACAACGUCCAACCUCUCACCUCGUCCGAACCGUGCCGAGGAGGACACAAGUUUCGAGCCACUGAGUCUGGAGGUCAGGUAUCCAGACACUGCGAUACUGUUGCUCAAAAGCCCAGAGCAACCCAUCUUGUUAGCUGCCGCUGCGGCUUUGACCAAUUUCGGUGCCAAAGCUCAAGGCAAUCUCGAGACUCUCUUCGAUCUCAAUAUUGUAGACAGUGUAUUAGCACUGGUGAACCACGACGACAUGUUCACGCGCAGGUUCGCCCUGAAGCUUCUCGCGCUGAUGUCCCCUGUCCGAAAUGUGCAGGCUCACCUGUUGCGGGACGAUACAUACAUCCAGCAUUUCACUGACAUUCUUGCCAACGAGUCGGAAGCCUUUCUCCAAGAGUUCAGCUCGCGUAUUUUGGCUGAGCUGACGAGCGAUCCCACGGCCUCGGCAAUGCUACUCGACAAAUUUCAAGAUUUAAGCUUCCUUUUUUCAAGACUGCUUUCUCCCGAUCCGGAUAUCAAGAAAAAUUGUGUUGAAAUUCUUGCGAAUAUAUUGCAAGAUUUGUACGGGAAAGAUAUUGUAGCUUCGUCGAAGGAUUUUAGUUAUGAGGCGAUCUAUGAAUUGUUGAAGCAGCCUUAUCCGAUUAUCCAGCAACUUGCGUUGGAUGCUAUCGAGCAGCUCGUUAUACAUAUUUCAGACGAUUUCCUUCAGGAAAAUUUCCGGCGAUCCUACGGCGUUCAACGUUUGCUUGAUAUUCUCGAAAAUGAAGAAUGGAAUGACCUACACAGUAAAGUACUAAAAAUCAUCAAUCUAUUUUGUUACAAUGAAAAGACUUCCGAGUUCAUGAAUAAUACUGAUGGCACAAAGCGGUUGUUUGGCUUCAUGGAAAACACUGCUAUCAAGGAUUUUAGAUUUACAGCUUUGAGUAUAUUAGUUAAUUUGGCUGAAAAUGCAAGUGGCAAAAAGGUUUUACACUCUCAGGGAAUAAUCGAGUCACUGGUCAAAUAUUUCGAGAGUGAUAUUCAACCCGAAGUUCAAGCAACAAUCUGCCGGGGAUUAUCCAAAAUGAUUCACUAUAGACCAGCAGCUACAGAACUAUCACAACAGAAUCCUUUCAAUUAUAUUUUGAAUCUAUUAAGUAACGACGAAGCGAAAUGGUCUGAAAGACAAACAGCCGCCUUCGCCUUGAAAGAACUCCUCUCGGUGGAUUUUCAAAACUGCAUAAAUUUCCUCAACAGUAACGGCCAUGUAAAAUAAAAUAUAAAUUUUCUUAUACAGGCUCAAUUGAUGCGUCUCAUCCAAGAGCAAUCGGCUCCCGUGGAAACUCGCGUAACCGUCAUUCAAAUAGUAUCGAUACUCGCUGAUUAUUCAUCUCUCACCGAAGAUUUGAUAGAUUUAAAUCUCUUUCGCGCGCUUUCCUCCGUGCUCGAGUCGGAAAACUCAUCAUCAGCUGAAUUGAAAAUAGCCAGCUGCGAGGCUCUUAGCCGUUUCCCAAUUAACGAGAACGCGCGAUGCGUAUUUAUCCACGUGAAGAUUACGGCAACGUUGUACCACCUGAUUACCAGCUCAGAAGCACUUCCGGUGAAGAGUGCAGCAACUCGACUGCUUCUACUCAUUUGCUCGGAUACCGUUCUUGCUAGAUUGUGCAUUCAGCAGGGGCAUCUCUUUUACAUGAUGAAGGAUCGUGGGGUUUCACGAGCGAUACCCGAAUGGUCUGGUUGCGUAGAAGCACUAUUCAACGCGGAUUUGUCGAUGAAAUUCGCAUACACGAGUCGACUGUCACUGUGCGACGUCACUCAAAAUGGAUUUUACGUGAUGCGCCGUACUUCCUGUCCUUUUCCAGUGCUAGAGGAGUUGUUCCGUUUGAAGCUGUGCUUUCUCGAACCCAUUUACGUGGCUAAUUUCAACGAGGGUCAUGAUGAAAACGACGAUGACGACUAUCUUGUUGGCAAACAAGCUGCCUUCGAAGCCGCAAGAGAAGCGAUAAGGCGUGAGAGUGUCGAGCGUGGCAUUCGUGUAUCUGAGGGUACGAUCAACGCUUGGCUCGAACUUAAAUUUGGCCGAUUGCAACCCGAUCCUUUUUUAACACGUUAUCUUGAACUGCUCAAGGCUGAACUGGCUAUUGAUGAGCAAGCUAUGAUAUUCAAUGCCGAAACUACAAAACAAUUUAUACUAUAUCGUAAUGAAAAUCUAUAUUCACUGAUCAAUAUUUUCAGUUGUCCAGCUGGUCUAAUCACAACGUCAACAAUAGCAUCCCGAGCGCGUUUACUAGGACGUUUCGUAGCUCGUCAAUUAUCGGGUUUCGAUCCCGACAGUCCAUCCUGCAUGAAUCAACAGUUGGAGUUACAUCUACGUAUGAUCAAAGCCAAAAUCGAGACAAGCGUAAUACCACUUGGCUUCUUACGUUUCGGUUCUUACCUCGAGCGAGCAUUGCUGUUCAAAGUAUUGGCCGACAGAAUAGCUUUGCCUGCUUGCCUCGUCAGGGGCAGCUACGGUGCAUCUUGGAUUGAGAUUGCUGUUCCUAUGACAAGCGAACCCACAGCGCCGUUGCCGAAAAGUUACCUGCGUGAAAACUUCAUAGUAGACCUAAUGAACGAACCUGGCGAGCUUAUUGCGUUAGGUUCGAUUGGUGCUCGACGUUACGUUGACAAGCAGUCUAGUUGCGAACGUAUUGGAUGCUGCGGCUAAAUGAUCGUGUUGUGG